AUGUGCGGAGUGGACCUGGUGACCCUAGACAGCGUUUAUUUCGAGAAUGAGAGCCGUGUGCAGUGCCUGGCUCGUGCCGUCGACAUGAAGGGUCGGAAGGGAAGAGAAAUGGCUUCUGAGGUCCUCACCAUAAAGUCAUCUGGACGAGAGAAACGCUUCUGUCCGGGUGACACCCCUCAACCUUUCACCACUCGCAUCACCUAUUUGACAGGUGCCGAGAAGAGGGAAGUACCUUCAAAUUUGGUUCUGGAGUUAUUAAUCCCACACCUCGAUGGAAUGAUUCCCCGCAUCCAGAAUAAGGAUGAUCCCUGUCUGCAAUGGGCGGAAUCAGAGAACAGGACCGUUGAAGGUGAACCUUACCAGUUUGAUUGGAGAAUUCGAGGAACGGAAACGGUUAAUUUCUAUCGGCACCUGGACUUGGAGAAAUGCCUUUGGCGAUUCUAUUGGUUCAUUCAUGUCUCCUACACCUCUGAAUGCCAUCUUCACUUUCUCGAGAAUGAGAAUUAUAAUGAAAUCGUGAAACCGGUGAAUGUGAGUUGCACAUUUCCAUCCAAAGUGGAUUCUCCUGCGUACAACUUCUCGCAAAAUGCCAAGAUGAAGUUUUCCCUCUCUCCUCGUUCCUCGAGGGUUAAGAGCGGGGCAAGGAAGGGGAAAAUACUAGGUGGAGAACUGGAAGUACUCAAGACGCAUGUGCAGGAUACAGGACAGGUUCAAAUCCACUUUCGUACUCUUCCCCUCUUUGACGGCAUCUUCGUGCUACAACAUCCGAACAGCAGGCAUAAUUCACAUGUGAUAGCAAUGGACAGCGAGAAGUACCUGGAGCUCUCUCUCCUGAAGACAGAGCCUCCGCACCAAUACUGGCGAUUUACGGCACCAUCGUUCCUAGAAUCAGGCAGUGGCGAGUAUCAGGUUCACUUGAUUCCCUGCUUGAAAAAAGGGGAGGAAGGGAAAGGGGAAGAAGUAUGCAGGCCCAAGAAUCCCAUCCAGUUACCGAUAGAACUUCGACCGAUUCCUUUAUCAAAUCAAGUACCCGAUCGAUAUGGGUUGGGAACUUCCUUGCGAAUCGUGCGUGAUCUUAGUCGAUGGUAUACCGACAAAGAUCCACCUGAGCUUCCCCAAGGUUUUCUUCAUGAAUCAUUUGCUGUAACAAAUUGUGAUAAUGCUUUCAAAAGAGUAACAGGAACAUUGCUCUUAGGAGGAGAAGUUUAUGGUCUGGUCAUCCCGACGGAAAGAGAGAAAAGGCACCGGAACUCCUCUCAUACGCUCCAGGUGGAAAAGUGUUUCCUGUGUCAUGGGAAGGAUAACUCCUUCCCAGUCUUUGACCCCAGCAAGGAUCUCUUCGGCUGCCUUCUUCCAUACCCUCAUAUUCAACGCUUCAUUAUCUUUGAUGCAGAAAAUGGAGGCGACUUGUGGUUCCUACAAUGUGUUUUUUCCAAAGCAAGAUCUCAAAAAGACUUUGCAUCCCUCAAUGAGGUGAACAUGGUUUCCCAUCUAGGAAACUCUGGUCUUGGGACUUCAAUGGGAAUGCUCAUUUUCACGGACAGACAGACAGAGACUCAAGAGCCAGUUGAAAUUUCUCAUCUCUCAUCUUCACCUGUGGUGUUUAUUGUCAUUGCAAGUGCGAUAUGCUUGCUUCUAGUCAUUGCUAUUGCCUCAAGCAUUGCUUAUUGUGCCUCCAAAAGCAAAGAGGACCUUAGUGUGGCACCAGUGACAGUAACUGUGGCAACGCCCUUUGGGAACUCCAGAGUUGAUGCAACAUCAUUCCCACAAAUGUAUGCUGAAGCAGCUGAAAUGAAGAGCUCAAAGUGCCUGCCAUCAUUCUGUGAACAGGCAUAUGACAUAUGGCAUAUGACAUUCACAUGCUGCAAGGUUCACACUCUCCUGUUAUGGGGGAAUGUGGGAGGACUCAGUGACCUCCUCCUCUGCUGCCUUGAAGAAGAGUGUUCUUCACUUCGGGUUGCAAAAUACGCCAGUACAGCUCCAAUAAUCACUCCAACACCAAGGGGGAUGAGCAAAAGAAGCAGGGAUGUCUUCAUAGUCCUCGUACAGUUCAGAUCCGUUCGAGUCAUUUGGAUAAAGCGCCAGAUCAACACACUUCUUACGAGCCCG